AUGCUUUCGCUUCUCAAACGCUCAAGAACCGUCACAACCACCGCACUCAAACACUUCACGACCAAAACUUUCACUUUUUCGCCAACAAAACCUCUAAUUCCCACACAAACAUCAACUAAAACCCUAGGCUUAGGGUUUAUCCGGCAAUUAAGCGACAAGACCACAACAAACACAACAGAAUACGAUUACAUUAGGGCUGAGGUUAACUGUCCUCGAUGCACCUCUCAAAUGCCAGUCCUAUUAUCGAACCGGCCUUUAUCGAUUAGUGGACGAGAAACCGGUGUCUAUCAAGCGGUCAAUUUCUGUCCUAAAUGCAAAACAGCGUUUUAUUUUAGGCCGUUUAAGUUGGAGCCUUUACAGGGGAAUUUCCUUGAGCUUGGUAGGGUCAAGGGUUUGGAUAAUAAUGGUACUAGUAAUAAUAAUUGUAAGGAUGUAGAGGGGAUUGUCGAGAAAGAUUGUGGUAAAAGCGGGAGAAAUGUGGAGGAAGUUUGUGGUGGCGGUGGCGAAGGGAAGUUGGAGAGAGAGUUGCCUACUCCUAAAGAGAUUUGUAAAGGGCUUGAUGAGUUUGUCAUUGGCCAGGACAAAGCCAAAAAGAAAACACUAGGUAAUCUAUACAUGAUUCGAAAAGUCCAUGUGCCUAGUUAUGAUUCAAAUGGUGUGCAGAGCUUUCUAGAGGGAGUUAUGAUGAUUUUCUCCCAAGCGUGCAGGCUGUCACGUGUCAACUGGAGUCACAGUGAUGGUGAAACUGACGAGAAUGAGUUUGUUGAGCUAGAUAAGAGUAAUGUAGCUGAAUUCAAUGUGGAAGCAGCUCAGCGAGGGAUUGUUUACAUCGAUGAAGUUGACAAAAUAACCAUGAAGGCUGAGAGUUCCAACAUUGGAAGAGAUGUGUCUGGAGAGGGUGUUCAACAGGCAUUGUUGAAAAUGCUGGAAGGAACUGUAGUAAAUGUUCCGGUUCCUGAUAAAGGACCUGGGAAGCAUCCUCGUGGUGAUACAAUUCAGUUAGACACAAAGGACAUCCUCUUCAUAUGUGGUGGGGCAUUUGUAAAUUUGGAGAAAACCAUUUCAGAAAGACGACAAGAUGCCUCUAUUGGUUUUGGAGCACCAGUUCGUGCAAACAUGAGGGCUGGUGGAAUAACUAAUGCAAUGGUGACAUCAUCACUGCUGGAAUCUGUAGAAAGUGGUGAUCUUGUUGCAUACGGCCUCAUUCCUGAAUUUGUUGGACGAUUUCCUGUUUUAGCAAGCUUGUUAGCUUUAAAUGAGGACCAACUUGUUCAGGUCCUCAUGGAGCCGAAAAAUGCUCUUGGUAAACAGUAUAAGAAGAUGUUCAAUAUGAACAAUGUCAAAUUACAUUUUACAGAGAAUGCAUUGAGAUUGAUUGCGAAGAAAGCAAUGGCAAAGAACACUGGGGCCCGAGGUUUAAGAGCCAUAUUAGAAAACAUUCUUACAGAAGCAAUGUUUGAGGGAAGCAAAAUUAAGGUACCUACUUCGAUUCCUGACACUCAUCCUCUCGCUGCACAGAUUCCAGAAAACAAGUCACAUUCUAAUUGCAUAACUGCUGUUUUGGUCGAUGAAGAGGCUGUUGGCUUGAUGGAUACACCAGGAUGUGGAGCAAAAAUUCUCCAUGGAGACGGUGCAUUGGAGCAUAAAUUGCAGGAGACAAAGGGGAUAGGUGGUAGGGUUGCCCAGGGAGAAAUGCAGGGUGAACCGAAGCUUCGGUCAAGGGCCUUGAGCAUGGAGAUGGUCGCAAACCCUGCCGUGGCGGAUUGUUCUUCCGGAGCGCGGGGAAAGAAUUGGUGGGAUGAUGGAUCCUUAUUCAGCAGAUUUGGUCGUCUAGAACUAAAAGCAUGUGGUUGUGAUAUUACACAGCAUUGGUCUGAGUGUUGGUCUUAUAGUUGUGCGAAGAUGGCGAAUUUACAAAUGACGGGUAUUCUGGAAAAGAUGACGGGUAAGGAUAAAGAUUACAGAUACAUGGCAACAUCUGAUUUGUUGAACGAGUUAAACAAGGAGGGAUUUAAAGCUGAUACUGAUUUGGAGAUAAAAUUGUCAAAUAUUGUUCUACAACAACUCGAUGAUGUAGCUGGUGAUGUUUCUGGAUUGGCUGUGAAGUGUCUUGCUCCAUUGGUGAAGAAGGUCACUGAGGCUCGAGUUGUGGAAAUGACUAAUAAACUAUGUGAGAAAUUGCUACAUGGUAAAGAUCAGCAUCGUGACAUUGCAAGCAUUGCUUUGAAGACUAUUGUAUCUGAAGUCACAGCAACAUCUCUAGCUCAAUCUAUUCUUGUCACUCUAUCUCCACAGUUGAUAAAAGGAAUAACAAGUCCGGGAAUGAGCACAGAGAUAAAAUGUGAAUGUCUUGAUAUUUUAUGUGACGUUCUUCAUAAAUUUGGAAAUUUGAUAGCGAAUGAUCAUGAGCUGCUUUUAAACUCGCUUUUGUCUCAAUUGAAUUCCAAUCAAGCCACCGUUAGAAAGAAGACUGUUUCAUGCAUUGCAUCUCUUGCUUCAAGCUUGUCAGAUGAUUUAUUGGGGAAGGCAACAGUUGAGGUAGUUCGGAAAUUGAGAAGUAAGGAUGCAAAACCUGAGAUCAUCCGAACAAACAUUCAAAUGAUUGGUGCUUUAAGCCGUGCUGUGGGAUAUCGAUUUGGACCCCAUCUUGGAGAUACUGUGCCAGUGCUAAUUAAUUACUGCACAAGUGCAUCGGAAAACGAUGAGGAGCUUCGUGAAUAUAGCUUGCAGGCACUAGAAAGUUUUCUGCUCAGAUGCCCUAGAGACAUUUAUUCUUACUGUGAUGAAAUUCUUCAUCUUACUCUGGAGUACCUAAGUUACGAUCCAAACUUUACUGAUAACAUGGAAGAAGAUACUGAUGACGAGAGUCAUGAGGAGGAGGAGGAUGAUGAGAGUGCAAAUGAAUAUACCGAUGAUGAAGAUGUCAGCUGGAAAGUUCGAAGGGCAGCUGCUAAAUGCUUAGCGGCAUUAAUUGUUUCUCGUCCUGAGGUGCUUGCAAAACUAUAUGAGGAGGCCUGUCCUAAAUUGAUUGAUAGAUUUAAAGAAAGGGAAGAAAAUGUCAAGAUGGAUGUGUUCAAUACAUUCAUUGAGCUACUACGUCAAACUGGAAAUGUUACAAAAGGGCAGAUUGACUUGGAUGAAUCAAGCCCACGAUGGUUGCUGAAGCAAGAAGUGCCAAAGAUUGUCAAAUCUAUAAAUAGGCAACUGCGUGAGAAAUCUAUCAAGACUAAGGUUGGUGCAUUUUCAGUGUUGAAAGAACUUGUGGUUGUUUUGCCAGACUGCCUUGCAGAACACAUUGGGUCGCUUAUUCCAGGAAUCGAGAAGGCAUUAAAUGACAAAUCUUCAACCUCAAAUUUGAAGAUUGAGACUCUUAUAUUUACAAGAUUGGUAUUGGCUUCACAUUCACCUCCUGUUUUCCACCCUUAUAUCAAGGCCCUUUCUAGUCCUGUAUUAUCUGCUGUUGGGGAGAGAUACUACAAGGUCACAGCAGAGGCAUUAAGAGUAUGUGGGGAACUUGUUCGUGUCGUCCGUCCCAACGUCCAGGGCUUUGGUUUUGACUUCAAACCUUAUGUUCGUCCAAUAUAUAAUGCCAUAAUGUCACGCUUGACAAACCAAGAUCAAGACCAGGAAGUUAAGGAGUGUGCCAUUUCUUGCAUGGGGCUUGUCAUUUCUACAUUUGGCGAUAAUCUCAAGACAGAAUUACCUGUGUGCCUCCCUGUACUUGUUGAUCGCAUGGGGAAUGAGAUAACACGACUUACUGCCGUGAAGUCUUUAGCUGUAAUUGCGACUUCUCCUCUUCGGAUUGAUCUGUCAUGCAUCCUGGAGAGUGUCAUUGCUGAGUUGACAGCAUUCCUACGAAAGGCUAAUCGGGCUUUAAGGCAGGCAACUUUGGGGACACUGAAUUCUCUGAUUGUAGCUUAUGGUGACAAAAUUGGUUCAUCUGCCUAUGAAGUUAUUAUUGUGGAACUUUCAACUCUGAUAAGUGAUUCAGAUUUGCACAUGGCAGCUCUUGCCCUGGAACUUUGCUGCACCUUGAUGGCAGACAGGAAAUCGAGCCCGAAUAUUGGUUUGGCUGUUAGAAGUAAAGUUCUUCCUCAGGCACUAACAUUAAUUAAAAGCCCAUUGCUACAGGGUCAAGCCCUUUUGGCCUUACGGAAUUUUUUUGCUGCUUUAGUCUAUUCUGCAAAUACAAGUUUUGACACUUUACUGGAUUCGCUUCUUUCAAGUGCUAAGCCAGCUCCACAGUCAGGAGGUGUUGCAAAACAGGCUUUGCAUUCAAUAGCCCAAUGUGUGGCUGUUCUCUGUCUUGCUGCAGGGGACCAAAAAUGUUCAUCUACUGUGGACAUGCUCACUGAGAUUCUUAAAGAUGACAGCAGUACCAAUUCGGCUAAGCAGCACCUUGCACUGUUAUGCCUGGGAGAAAUUGGGAGAAGGAAAGAUCUAAGCUUGCAUGCAAAUAUAGAAACCAUUAUUAUUGAGUCCUUCCAAUCCCCAUUCGAAGAGAUAAAGUCUGCUGCUUCUUAUGCUCUUGGCAAUAUUGCUGUUGGUAAUCUUUCCAAGUACCUACCCUUUAUCUUGGACCAGAUUGAUAAUCAACAGAAGAAACAGUAUCUCCUGCUUCAUUCUCUGAAGGAGGUUAUAGUAAGGCAGUCGGUGGAUAAAGCAGAGUUUCAGGAUUCAAGUGUUGAGAAGAUACUUAAAUUACUAUUUAACCACUGUGAAAGUGACGAAGAGGGUGUCCGGAAUGUUGUCGCUGAGUGCCUCGGUAAAAUUGCACUUAUUGAACCUGCAAAACUUGUUCCUGCGCUUAAGGUGAGAACAACGAGCCCAGCUGCCUUCACCAGAGCAACAGUAGUAAUUGCUGUAAAAUACUCGAUAGUUGAGCGACCAGAGAAGAUUGACGAGAUUAUAUAUCCUGAAAUCUCAUCUUUUCUUAUGCUUAUCAAGGAUCAUGACAGGCAUGUUAGGCGUGCAGCUGUCUUGGCCUUAAGCACAUUCGCUCACAAUAAGCCUAACCUUAUUAAGGGACUCCUUCCUGAAUUAUUGCCACUUCUCUAUGAUCAAACAAUUGUUAAGCAAGAAUUGAUCCGAACAGUAGAUCUUGGGCCUUUCAAGCAUAUUGUGGAUGAUGGCCUUGAGUUGAGGAAAGCAGCUUUUGAAUGUGUAGACACAUUGCUGGACAGUUGUCUUGAUCAAGUGAACCCUUCAUCUUUCAUUGUUCCUUACCUAAAAUCAGGCCUGGAUGAUCAUUAUGAUGUUAAAAUGCCUUGCCAUCUUAUCCUCUCAAAACUGGCCGAUAAGUGUCAAUCUGCUGUAUUGGCAGUGUUGGACUCAUUGGUGGACCCCCUUCAAAAAACUGUCAAUUUUAAGCCUAAGCAAGAUGCUGUAAAGCAAGAAGUCGAUCGUAAUGAAGACAUGAUUCGCAGCGCUCUUCGAGCAAUUGCAUCCUUGAAUCGUAUAAGCGGAGGAGAUUGCAGCCAUAAAUUCAAACAUCUUAUGAGUGAAAUUUCAAAAUCUCCAACCCUCUGGGACAAGUAUUAUUCGAUCCGAAAUGAAUGA